AUAAAUUGAAUGGUCGACCUAUAAUCGUCUUUAUUUGCGUUGGUUGCAAGAAUUUCUCAGUAAAUAGUCGAAACAAGAAAAGUUUCAGAAAUGGUUGCAAUAAAAUUAUUCGCAUUUUUGUUCGCCAUUUGCGUGAUCAACGAGUCCGCGGCCUUUCGUAUACCUCGUGAAAUAGCUGCUGAAGCCGAACCAACAAGUCAAGAAGCUGGCGAAUACAUAACAAGCUUAAUCAGUAGCGAAUUGAAUGGCAAGGUACCAAGAAAUCGUAUCAAUGACGUCAAUAAAGUCGUCAUGGAUAUGAUGUUGGCCAAAACGUCUGCUGAACAAGGUGCUAAUGGCUUGAAAUUCUUGAAAUUAUUGAUCGAGUCUACAUUAGCCGUAAGAAACAUUCCUUUUACACCGGAACAAUUCACUGCUCUGGAAAAUGCUGUAGAUUCAGCGUUGACCGAUGACGACAAAAAUCCCAACGAAAUUACGGACAGAGACAUUGCCGCCAUUCGAACUGAAUUGCUAAAAAUAUUUUCCGCUGAGGUUACCACAAUCGUUACGGAUAUUUUGUCAACAUUCAAAGAGAAUGUCUCUUCCGAUGAAUCAGGUCAAACAAUGAUCAAUUGGAUAAACACCAUCAUCAGAGGAACUAAAAAACGUUAUGGAACUAGAAGUCGUUUACGCUACCACCCACGUGCAUAAGACCAUUUUCUUGUGGUAUUAAAAUCGCCAACCACAAACUAAUUUUGGAGUAAACUGUACGUUAAACUUCUAGCUGAUUUCUUUUUUUCAGUUUGGCUCAGAAUUUUGUAAUGGAAUUUUAAGUCUGCCCAAUAAAGUUACUCUAACAGUA